UGGGCGUGCCGCUGCUCUCUUCCACGACACACAACGCGCGCAAGACAAUCCCUGACGCUUGCUAGCGGGCCAGGACAUGAGAAGGGAUGUUCGGAUUCUACUCGUAGGCGACGAGGCUGUCGGCAAGAGUACCAUCGUCACUUCCUUGAUCAAGGAGUCAUUUGUUGCCCACGUUCAACGCAUAGUCCCCGAGGUUACUAUACCCCCAGAAGUCACGCCCGAGAAUGUUACCACCUACAUAGUGGAUUCCGGCAGUACGCGGUCCGCCGGAUCGGCCGCACUCGAGUCCGAAAUACGGAAAGCACAUGUAAUAUGCGUCGUAUAUUCCAUCGACAACCCGAACUCCUUCGACCGAAUACCGACGUAUUGGUUACCGUACUUCCGACAACUUGGUGUCAAUGUGCCCGUCAUCCUGGUCGGUAACAAGAUUGACCUCCGAGGGGGGGAGGUUACGAACGAAGCUUUGGAGGAUGAGAUCAUUCCCAUCAUGAACGAGUUCAAAGAAGUAGAGACAUGCGUGGAAUGCUCGGCAAAACUACCCUUGAACGUGUCAGAAGUCUUCUACUUCGCUCAGAGGGCUGUCCUCCACCCUACUGCACCAUUGUACGACUCGCGAGAUCAUGUUGGUCCUCAAGAAGAGUGUAUCGCUGCGCUGCGAAGAAUAUUCAAACUCUGCGACGCAAACAAGGAUGGCAUCCUAGAUGCAUCCGAGCUGAACGAGUUCCAGCGGAAAUGCUUCGACGCUCCGCUCCAAGCUCAAGAGUUGGAGGGGAUCAAAGCGAUGGUUCAGGAGCACGCCGAGGGCGGCGUUCACGGUGGUGGACUCACCGAGGCGGGAUUCCUGUACCUCCACACUAUCUUCAUCCAACGCGGUCGGCUGGAGACCACCUGGACUGUUCUGCGCAAGUUUGGUUACGCUGAGGAUCUGCGGCUGACGGAGAGCUUCUUGUAUCCGAAAUUCGACGUCCCGUACGAAUGUUCUGUGGAACUGAGCCCGAAGGGAUACCAAUUCCUGACUGACAUCUUUGAGACCUUUGACAAGGACCAAGACGGCGCUCUGAAGACAGAGGAGCUAGAAGACCUGUUCAGUACAUCCCCCGGCAACCCUUGGGCGGGACAAAAGUUCCCUGAUACCACCGUUGCGGAUGACACGGGUGCCGUCACAUUACAAGGAUGGCUAGCACAAUGGAGUAUGACCACACUCCUCGACCAUCGAACCACUCUUGCAUACCUCGCGUACUUGGGUUAUCCCGAUGAGCCCCGGACGAGCGCGCUGCAUAUCACUCGACCACGAAAGGUUGACAGACGGAAAGCCAAGGUGACGCGCAAUGUCUUCCUCUGUUACAUCUGCGGUGCAGCAGGCUCGGGCAAAACUUCUCUACUCCGUGCAUUUGCCGGGAAGCCAUUCAAUGAAAAAGACCCUGCGGAGUCCGAAGAAGACGAUUUGGCGGAUGUCGUCGUCUACGUACACGACUCGAGCGACACCAAUUCGUUCUCGUACAUCAGUAAUCUGAGGCAACAGUACAUUCUGGACCAUAUACCAACGUAUUACCUCGCCCAACAGAGACACGAGGUACAGCCAGAUGUAUACUGCCGCAGAUUAGGGCUACAGGUCCCUGUCGCUGUCAGCGUCAAAACGGGGCAGACGGCGGACGUGUUCCACGCCAUUUGCAGCGUUGCGAUGAACCCCAACUCCGCAAUACCAGGAGGCUCAGACCGCGCGAUGACAGCCGCUGCUCGCAUCCGGAUGUAUAUCAAGGUGUGCACGCUGAUCGGUGGUGCGGCGACGGGCGUUGUGCUUGUAUAUCGGACAUUUGCCCGGCCUGGCAACAGCCUCAGUAGCGUAACGGCGCAGUGGAUAAACUGGAUCGUGGGCACUGCAUCGCGGAGAGAACUCUAGCUACUACCUACGCUACUUUGACUACUUAUUACUACUACUACUUACUUCCGCUUAGACCAUGCUACUUCGACCUAGGGCUGUGUGCUGAUCAGUGAAGGAUCGGGGGCAGGAGAGUGACACGAAGCGUCGAAUGUGGUAAGGAUUGUGCG